AGCCCGCUCAGCUCCUCACUUGUCAGUCAGUCGCACACUCGCACUCACUCACUCGUGAGCAGCCAGCAGCAGAUGCCGCAGCUCGGCCUGGACCACCUCGUCUUCUCCGGCGCCAGCGGGCACGGCGAGUCCAGGCGCGAGACGGCCACCGCCUCCGACGACGCGGGCGCCGUCGAACGCGGCGGCGAUGUGAGCGCCAGCGCCCGUGCCAACGGCGGGGACGCCCCGGCGGAGUCGGUCCUGCUCCGGGUACGGGACGCGGUCCACCUGGCCGAGCUGCUCGGCGCAGCGCUGCGGCGGGACCGGUCCACCAAGGGCAGCUCCAACCCCAAGGCGGCCGCGGAGGCGGAGGCGGCGACGCGCAAGCAGGGCGCGCCGAGGGCGGCGGACUCGACGAGGCGGCUGGCGGCCAGCAAGACCGCCGUCGUCGUCAUCGGCGUCCUGCCCGCAGCGGUCAAGGUGGUCGCCAAGGAGCGCCCUGCUCCCCGCCGCGUCGUCGUCGCCGCCCGCGCCUGGCGCCGGCCGGCGGCUGGGGCCAGGGUCUUCGCGAGCGAGGCCGUGGGGCCGGAGCCCGUGUCCCCGAAGGUGUCCUGCUUCGGGGCCGUACUGCCGGAGACGCGCGCGGCCGCGGCGCCGCCCGGUGAGCAAGGGGAAGAAGAGGAACGCGGCGGGUGCUGGGCGAGCGUGGCGGCCGCGCUGCGUGGCCUAUGUUGCAAUUGCAACAGCGAUCCUCGUGAAGGCGAAUCGGGUGCGAGCGAGUCGGAUCCGAAGGGCACGGCGCCGGAGUCACAGACAGCGGCCGUCCUCCUGUCGCCGCCGCCGCUGGUGGCCGGGCUGGGAGACGUGAAGCGCCUCGCUUCGCGGCGGUGGCAGGAGACCAUGGCGGCAGAAGGCUGGGGGUCGGUUUGAACAUGUUCCGUGCUUCGAGAGGCUCCGCACGGCAGCAGCCUUGUACGUCCGCGGACCACGGUCGCCGAUGCAGCCUACUCCUCGGACCUGCUCCUGCCCGUUCUAGUGUCGUGCGACUCGUGUGCGCUAGUGUGACCUUUGUGUUUGUUUGCAAGCUGCAUCUCGUGCCUUGUGUAUUGACAUUGGACUUCGGUCUCAUUUCUUUGUCUCUCGACUAGAUAGAAAUCAUAGAAUAUCCGCUGCAAUUUUCUACA